AUGAUUAUAGGCCCCAUUCAAUUGAUUAUAGGAUUUGCUGUUCAAAGUCCUGUACUUAUCUGGCAGGAUGUCAAAUAUAUAUCUAGUGAGAAUUAUUGUUUUGUUCCAUACUUACAGUCACAUGGAACAAUAUGGACCAUAAGUAUUUCUUAUGGAUUUCCUCUUUUGGCUUUAUUAUUUAUAUAUAUUCGUAUAACAAUAUUUCUUUAUCGUCAAUCAACUGUUCAAAUACUUUUAGUACAACGUCGACAACAACGUGAUUUACUUGUUAUUAAACGAAUUGGAAUUACUGUUAGUAUGUUGAUUAUUUUUGAAUUGCCAGAUUUGAUAUUUUUAAUGCUAACAUCGAUGACAGGUGUUGAAUAUGCACUUACUUAUCGCAUUCAAUGGUUUAUUGAUAGUUUAUCCAUGUUAGGAUUAAGCAUAACAAAUGUGGUUUUGACACCUCAAGUAAAAAGUAUUGUAAUGAACAGAUGGCGACGAAACCAAGUAGGAGUUCAAACUACAAAUACAACUCCACAGAGAGCUGCUGGCACUGGUCAACAAACUACUCAACAUUUGCAACCAAGAUAUUGA